GACAAUGCUGUCUGCCCCACGGCCACGCUCGUGCAGGUCGACAGCGCCAGGAAGCGAGGCGUCCUGCUCGAGGCCGUGCAGGUGCUGGCCGACCUCGACCUCUCCAUCAACAAGGCCUACAUCUCGUCCGACGGACGGUGGUUCAUGGACGUCUUCCACGUCACCGACCGCCUCGGCCGCAAGCUCACCGACGACAGCGUCAUCACCUACAUCAAGCAGUCGCUGGGGACGUGGAACGGGCCGGCGCGGCCGGCGGCGCUCGAGGGCCUGACGGCGCUGGAGCUCACGGGCGCCGACCGCACGGGGCUGCUCUCCGAGGUCUUCGCCGUGCUCGCCGACAUGGAGUGCAGCGUGGUGGAGGCCCGCGCGUGGACGCACCGGGGCCGCCUCGCCUGCGUGGCGUUCCUCCGCGGCGAGGACGCCGACGCCGGCUGCGUGCUGCGCAUCCUCACCCGCCUCGGCCACCUCCUCCGCGGGGACCCCGCGGAGGUGCCGGGCGCGGUGGCCGCGGUGCCCGCCGCGGGCGUCGCGCACGCCGACCGCCGCCUCCACCAGCUCAUGGCCGCGGACCGGGACCGGGACGGCCGCGCGUUCCUGACGCCGGCCGUGUCCGUCGACGGCUGGGCCGAGCGCGGGUACUCCGUGGUCACCGGCUGCGGCGAGUGGAGGCGGCGCUGGGCUACGGGGUUCCUCUUUGUUUUUUUUUUCUUCAAUGAUUCUGGGAUUGAAAUUGAAAUUAUGUGAAUGAUUUGGUAUGGAUUA